UCGCCGGGUUUGAAAUGCCAUGAAGGAGGCUGAGUGUGUCUGUUUAAAUUGAGAACUCCCGCUAAUAAACGGGUCAGUUUAUGUCAUACUGUACCAUGUGUGGGUCGAGGCCGGCCCAUGCCCAACCUCCCACUGUCUUUUCAUCGGCCCUUACAGCUCUGUCUGUAAGAGAACUGUCUCUCUGCUUGGUUGAUUGUUGAUUUGACUGUCGGAUGUCUAGGAUGAUUGUUCUCUUGGGCUUUGGACAGAACCGGCUGCUGUGUAUCGGGGUGUACAACCAGAGCUAUUACUGCAACUCAGGCUACUGCUGUGAAGAGUCUCAGUGCUGCAACAAUUUCUAUGAGGUUUGGUGGUUUUGGUUGGUCCUGACGAUCAUCCUCAUUCUGGCCUGCUGCUGCGUGUGUCACCACCGUAGAGCCAAACACAGACUACAGCAGCAACAACGGCAGCAUGAGAUCAACCUCAUCGCUUACAGAGAAGCCCAUAACUACACCUCCGUACCAUUCUACUUCAGGUUUCUGCCUGGCUACCUCUUACCCCCGUACGAGGAAGUAGAGAACAGACCUCCGACCCCCCCGCCUCCAUACAGUGCCUCGCAGCCAGGUCAGUCCACCAGCACUGACCCUCUGUGUUCGGAUCCACCGAAUGAGCUCUGUUCUCCUCUGCAGUCCAGCCCUGUUGCCUCUGUAUCAGAGAACUCUUCCCCAAGACCCGGCAUGGAGCAGACACAUUCUCCAACCACACACCGCCCCACCAGAAACACCCACAAACCAUACCUCAAUCUAGAGGAAGACGGGCAACUCCAGCAGGUAGCUUGUGCCACCUCACACAGCCUUGAAAAACAGGGUGGCAGCAGUGAGGAUCUGACAAAAGCUGUAGAUCAAAGUUUGGACUGUUCUCCUGACAGCAAAGACAAGACUCCAGGGCGCCACAGGCGCUUUACAGGUGACUCUGGGAUUGAGGUAUGCGUGUGCAGCCAAGGGCCUGGAGAUGAAGAGGAGAUGAAGGAGCUGGUAGGUCACGUGGACGGGGAGAUGCUUGAGGAGCAGGACUUCUGUGAUAGCUGUAACCCUCGCUGCAGUGGCCCUGGGGAUGAGGAGCAGGGCCCGGCCGCAUCCGACGGGGAUCUGGAGUGCAGAGAGACUCAGCGGCCUCCCGUCUGCCUCCAUCUGCACACCAUCAAUGAACAGGAGGGUCCACAUCAAGGCAACAAUAUGGAUCCGCAGAGUUGAGCACAAGCUGUUCCAGCAAAGACUCGCUUUAGACUCGUUUCUCCCUUUAUUUUGUCAGUUUGUACUGUCAACAAUGUCACUUUGAGUAAACUGUGUGUGUGUGUGUGUGUGAGGGUUUUAGGAGGGUGUUAAUGUGAGACUUCUACGUUUUUUAUGGAUUAUUUGUAUAAUCUUGUAAGGACAUUAAUAGGCAUGUUGCCUCGAGAGAGGUCAUGAUCAAAGCCACAGGGGAAAUUUUGUUCCUCGGUUUAUAGCCUUGCCGGGUUGAUCCACAGCCUUUAGAUCUGGGGAUAUUUUAUGGUUUUGGAGGGCUGAUUUCCUCCCACGAAGAUGAAGAUAGUACUCAAGGUCAGGGUAUAUUGAUCUGUGGUUUCUUUUGGUCACAUUCUUACCUUUAAUAUUGUUUGAAAAAAAAAACAUCUCAAAGGGGCAAGAUUACACCAUGUAAGAAAAAAGGGUAAAUACUGCCAUGGCAUACCGAAGAGCAGUCUACUAAAACUUCAGAGAUUUAGUAGUUUGUCCUUAAACGCCUUGUUUAUUUUUUUCUAAAUGUUUGAUAUGGAUUGUCUAUGCAUGUUGUUAUUCAGAAAUGAAUGAAAGGAACGGGCUCCUUUUUUGCUGGGUAUGGGUGUGAUUUUGUUUGCUUUUGCCUUGUUAUUGUAUUACGUGGUCUCAAGUUUAUCUGAAAAGAUACCAUGUUUUGCAUGAUUAUUUGCAAACGGAAUAGAUCCAUAAGCAGAAAUCCACAGUUGUCAAAUACCAUAUGCUGUGUAGUUGUUUUAUUAUGAAGUUUAUUAUGCAAAGACUCGUUAACUAUAAUGAAGGCUGAAAAUAUCUUUGUACAUAGACCCAGCUUGUUUAUUAACAAUAGGUGCCUUUGUUGAUUUCCAGUAGUUUCAUAUGCCUUAAAAAAUACAAUUGUGGGUGUGAUCAGAUCUUUGCAUAGAUUAAUCAAGGGCCAGUGAUGAGUAAACUGUUUUGAUCAAUGGUAGCGUCUUGUUUGAGGGGAUCACUUCAUAAGCCUUCCAUCGAAACAUAUCAUUUAUGUUUUGCCUUAAUUUCUUGAUUCUAGUGCAAGUUGUUGUUGUAUCUUAACACUGUAAGGGAACUCUUGCACCACUAAUAUUAAGGUGAGUUAUGUAUAGACUAAUACAUAGAAUAAGCUUUUAAUAUGCGUUUAUUGUAGCAGAUCAGGUUAUGUUAGUAUUUUUUACAGCGGUAACACUUCACAAUAGGGUGGUAUUUGUUAACCUUAGUAAAUGCAUUAGCUAACAAUUUAGUUUUUCAGUAUUAAUUCAUCGCUGUUAAGGUUAGUUCAUGUCAAUACAGUUAUUCAUGUUCAUUCAUGGUGCAUUUACUAAUGUUAACAGUGACAGGGUUUGGUUUUAAUAAUGUAUUAGCAAAAGCCGAAAUAACAUGAAGUAACAUUAUUAAAUGCUGUACUGAUAUUGUUCAUUGUUAGAUAAUGAAUUCACUACGGUCCACAAAAAGCACCUUAUUGUGAUGUGUUACCAUUAGCACUUAUGUUUGGUUAAUGAUGAGAUGGCCUGUGUUUUUUUGUGUGGCAGUGAGACUGCCUUAAGCUGCUCCGCUGCAUUCCUCACACUGUCAGUGUGUCUAUGUCUGUGUGUCUCAUUUUAGGUUCUUGUAAGGUGAUUGCUCCUCAGAACACUGUUUAUUUGACCUUUUGGUUUGGAUUAGCAGUUAGUUUUCCUGUGAUGUCAGAUUGGGCAUCGGCCCUCUAUGUCUCAAUAGCAAAAUGUUCUUUUGUAAAUGGGGGGCUAAUUUUCUUUAAAACAAGAUACAGCAGUUAAAUAUGGUUCCUACAGCGUUGGCUGGAAAAACUUGUUCUAAAGGUGGAUUCCAACACAGACUCUGUGCCUUUGGAAAUAUUUAUGUAGCAGUAUUGUCGGACUAACCUCUACAUAGAGAGAGUGUGGAUCUUGCAUCAUUUGGACCAGUAAUUUCAUCAUUUAUUGUAAUACUGAUUUUCUUUUGCCAAAGAUUGAAGUCAUCUGUCCGAUCAUGGUGCUCAUGUAGUUUAUUCUAUAGCUCUAAUCCCAAUUGUUUUCUUUGCUGUUUGAGACCAAAGGUAUUUCUUAAAUGUGGAAAUCUGAGUCACAGUGUGGGUUAGCUCGCUGUAAACAAGUUGUUUGAUUGUCAUUGCACUGUUUUGACACUGAUGCAGUGUGAUUGUGUGAUUUAAGGUGACGAAGGCUUUGCAAGCCAAUUGCUAUUAUUUCUUAAGCUUUGAUUUUAAGCCUGGUACUACGUUUUAGUUUUGUAUCUAUAGUCACUUUCCUUUUAUAUAUAAAACUGUAUUUUCUGCAUUUUAUAAAGACUCAACCAAAACAUGAUUAUGUUCCAUAUGGAUUAAAAAAUAUUGUAAUUUAAAAAGUCAAUAAAUUAGUUCUGUUACUAA